CCGCCGCCAUUCUUUUUCGGCGCCGCGACGGCGGCCUACCAGAUUGAAGGGUUCCGAGAGGCAGGCGGGCGCCAGCCAUCGGUCUGGGACGCCUUCGACACGGACAACAUGUCGCCCGCCAUGCCUGCGAGGAAACCGAACGGGGAGCCCAAUGUGCACAAAAAUGAGAGUGGGAAGAUCGCAGACAGGGACUACGCGAACUUCCCUCAAACGACUGAACUGCUCCAGCACUAUGGGUUUGACGCCUACCGCAUGAGCCUCAGCUGGACCCGCAUCCUGUCCCGGCCGACGGUGAACGAGGCAGGGAUUCAGCACUACGUCGAGGUGCUGCAGGGGCUCAAGGCUGCGGGGCUGCUCGUCGCGGUGACGAUGUGGCACUGGGACACACCGCUCGUCGUGGAGGAGUGGGCCCAGCUCACACAGUGCGCAGAGACCAACCAGUAUACGAGGGACACGACUGGCUCAGCAUGGCUCUGCCCUGCCAUCGCGGAUCUGUUCGCGGAGUAUGCCCAGGUGGUCACCUCGAGGCUUGACCACUACGUCGAUCACUGGAUCACGCUCAACGAGCCGCUGACGGUGGUCGGUGUUGGCUACGCCCCGCCCGCCAAGCACGCGCCGGGCCGAUGCGCCGAUCGCAGCCUGUGCUGGGCUGGCAACGACACGAUCGAGCCGUACUAUGCCGCCAAGAAUAUGAUGCGGGCUCACGCGAAGGCGUACCGCGCGUACGACGGUGGCUCGCCCAUGGGCUUCGCCGCCAACGCUGACUGGUUCGAACCCGUCUCCGGCUGCGCCGCCGACCAUCACGCUGCCGCGAACGCCAUCGUGUGGCAGAUCGGCCUCUUCUGGGACCUGCUGGCCACAGGAGAUUGGGCGCCCGAGAUUGCGAAGGCGGUGCCACACCCCCGCCUGCCAUCUCUCUCCGCAGAAGACAAAGUACUCCUUCGCGGCGCGCAUGGCAGUGUAUAUUAUCAGAACAUGUACACGUCGCAUUACGCGUGGGCUCCUCCUUCUUUUGGGACGGACAACUCAGCUGGCACGGGCUCUAUCAACCACGUCACGGGGCAUGUGAUCGGCCCAGUCGCCCCGGGCUCAGGUUGGCUCCGGUUUACCCCUACCGGCUUGCCGAAGUUGCAGCGUUGGAUCGCUGCUCGGUAUGCUGCGCUGGACUUAAAAAUCGUAGUCACGGAAAAUGGCUGGGGUGGACAAUACCCAACGGAGCAGGAUGCAAUCAACGAUAUGCAACGAUGCCAGUAUUAUCGGCAGUAUAUCGGCAACAUGUCCAAAUAUGUGCCGGAAGAUGGUACCUAUGAAAACGGCCCACUCAUUCUCUCCAAGCAGAAGCCCACCAUUCUAGGCUACUUUGCAUGGAGCCUGCUGGACAACUAUGAGUGGAAUGACGGCUAUUCGCAACGCUUUGGCAUCACGCACGUUGAGUUUUGUGGGGCGCGCAACGAUCGAACGUGCAUGCAAAAGCGCACACCCAAGAUGAGCGGCAGCUGGUUUGCAGAGGUGCUCAAG